CCGGUGUACUAGUGUUAUUUGUGCCGAUUCCAACCUACCUACAGGCUCAAGUCAAGCAAGGCCACAAUCUACCCACUCUCCAUUUUUCCUGCCCCCGCUGAAAGCUGCUGCCGUCAAGCAAUGUCCCUUAUCAGUGUCGAUCUCCACGCCCUCGCAACGGGCGGUGCGGACUACCUGACCUCUCUGCACACUUUCAACGAAAGCAAUCCUGGCAUCGCAUUGUUGUCUUAUGAUGCGUCCUUCGUCGACGUCCUGAGCACCAACGCUACCGCUAAGAAAAUCGCCGAUCUAGACUGGCAGGCGUUCCACGAGGGAGGUGUGUACAACAAGGAGGACAACUCCUUGUACGUCUCGUCCAACUACGUUUCGCUCGCAGACAACAUCAACAUGACAGUCCUCUCCCUCGACAACUACACUGUGCGCAGUACGCAGCUUCCAGGACUCGCCAUGGCAAAUGGUGGCUCGACGUACUACCCGCCUGGAUCCGAUCAAUCCACCACGCCUCCGAUGCAGGUCUGGUGCGACCAAGGCGACCUCGAAGCCUACGCCAAGCUUCUCGCUGUAAACGUCAACACGAAUGAGUCCGAGCCUCUAAUCAUCGGCUACAAUGGCCGCAACUUCAGCAGCUUGAACGACGUGAGGCAGCACCCGGAGACCGGUGACCUCUGGUUCACCGACCCCGAAUAUGGUUAUCUCCAAAAGUUCCGUGCGGAGCCUAAACUCCCGCGACACAUCUACCGCUUUGAGCCCUCGACGGGUGUUGUCCAGGUUCUCGACGACGGCUUCGUGCAGCUUAAUGGCAUCGAAUUCUCCCCCGAUUACAAGACACUGUACGUCUCCGACACGGGUGCUCAGGAAUCAGACCUCAACCUGUCUCGCCCGGCCACCAUCUACGCCUACGACAUUGUUGACAACAAGAGGAUCGCUAACAAGCGUUUGUUCGCCUUCGCUGACAGCGGAAUCCCUGACGGUGUGCACACUGACACCGAUGGCAACGUUUGGGCUGGCUGUGGAGACGGUGUGCACAUUUGGAACCCCGAAGGAAUUCUGCUUGGCAAGAUUUACCUGGGUGAGACGUCCAACAAUUUCGCUUUCGCUCCGGGCAAGGUGUUUGUGUUUGCCAACACCAAGGCCUGGGUGGUUGAGGGUGUCAACGCUCUGGGACGCGAGGUUUGCAAGGACUUUGGAGUCGACAACGAUCCGAGAUGCGGUAGCACUAGUUCGCAAGGUCAGGUGUAAUUGGUUUUUUUUUUUUUUUAAAUUCGAUUUUGGUGCACAAAAUGGUACCAUUCACUGUCAGAGCAAAGCAUAAAUGAAUCAGAUUUACAACAUG